CAAAUUUCUCUCUCUCUCUCUCAUCUGUGCUAAACAAUUCGCUUCCGUAUAUAAAAAGUCCCACUCAUUCAUCUCCUCAAAGGAAAAUUAACAAUCAAAAGAAAAGUUAGAAUGAGAGGAAAAUAUUUUUCUUUACUAAUAGUGCUCAUUGUCUUGGCCUUCAAUGGAGUUCUUGCCCUGAACAAUUCUUCAACGCCUAAAUUAAGAAGAAGUGAUUUUCCAGAAGAUUUCAUUUUUGGGUCUGCAACAUCUGCUUACCAGGUUGAAGGAGGUGCUCAUGAAGAUGGUAGAGGACCAAGUAUCUGGGAUACCUUCUCUGAAAAAUACCCAGAAAAGAUAAAGGAUGGUAGCAAUGGGUCUGUUGCAGAUAACUCUUACCAUCUUUACAAGGAAGAUGUGGCUUUAUUGCAUCAGAUUGGCUUCAAUGCUUACAGAUUCUCAAUCUCGUGGUCGAGAAUAUUGCCUCGUGGGAAUCUAAAAGGAGGAAUAAACCAAGCUGGUAUUGACUAUUACAACAACUUGAUCAAUGAGCUUUUGUCCAAAGGAAUUAAACCUUUUGCCACCAUGUUCCAUUGGGACACACCACAAGGUCUUGAAGAUGCUUACGGUGGAUUCCGUGGCUCAGAGAUUGUAAACGAUUUCCGAGAUUAUGCGGAUAUUUGCUUUAAGAAUUUUGGAGAUAGAGUGAAGCACUGGAUGACAUUGAACGAGCCAUUGACAGUGGUGCAACAAGGUUAUGUUGCAGGUGUAAUGGCUCCAGGUAGAUGCUCCAAAUUCACAAACCCUAAUUGCACCGCUGGAGAUGGAGCCACCGAGCCUUAUAUCGUCGGCCACAACCUCAUUCUUGCUCACGGAGCCGCCGUCGAGGUCUACAGGAAAAAAUACAAGGCAUCUCAAAAGGGUCAAGUUGGUAUCGCUUUGAACGCGGGUUGGAACUUGCCCUAUACAGAAUCUGCGGAAGAUAGGUUAGCUGCGGCACGAGCCAUGGCUUUCACAUUUGACUACUUCAUGGAGCCACUCGUGACCGGUAAAUACCCUAUCGACAUGGUCAACAACGUAAAAGGCGGUCGGUUGCCUACUUUCACUGCGAAACAAUCUAAGAUGCUUAAGGGCUCAUAUGAUUUCAUUGGCAUCAAUUAUUACUCUUCCACUUACGCAAAGGAUGUCCCCUGCUCCACCGAACAGGUUACAAUGUUCUCUGAUCCUUGUGCCAGUGUCACAGGUGAAAGAGAAGGUGUUCCCAUUGGUCCAAAGGCUGCAUCAGAUUGGCUUUUGAUAUAUCCAAAGGGUAUUCGUGAUCUUGUCCUCUAUGCAAAAUACAAGUUCAAAGACCCGGUCAUGUACAUAACCGAAAACGGGAGAGAUGAAUUUAGUACGGACAAAAUAUUCCUCAAAGACGGCGAUAGAAUCGAUUACUACGCUCGACAUCUCGAGAUGGUUCAAGACGCAAUCUCGGUGGGAGCCAACGUCAAGGGAUUUUUUGCGUGGUCUUUGUUGGACAACUUCGAAUGGGCAAUGGGAUACACCGUCCGGUUCGGGUUGGUUUAUGUGGAUUUCAAAGAUGGAUGUAAGAGAUACCCCAAGAAAUCGGCUAAGUGGUUUAAAGAGUUGUUGAAUCCAAAGAAAAGCAAUUGAUGGAAACUAUAGUAUUCCGCUUUAUUAAUGUCGAUGUUACUUUGAGAGAGUUAUUAUCAUUUUUCUCAGUUGGAAAUAAUGAGCAAUGUUUUUUUUUGGACA